UAACUUCGCGUAGUCGCGCCAUUAUUUGUAUUCAGAGUUCAUAAUUUAACCUCUCGGAAUACACAAUGGUGUCAAGAAUCCUUUAGAUUUACAUAAUAAAGAUCAAAUUCAUUCAUCAAAAUGAGGGCGGAGGACCCUGAUGGGGUGUCUGACCUUGAGCACACCACAAAGAUAUCAAUUUCCGACCCUAUGACCGGUAAAGAGUACACCGUCCUCUUAUCCAAUGAAGAUGCUGGACGUGCCAUGCAAGAUAAUCAAUUUGCAUCUGCGUUACUGGCGAGUUGCAUUCAACAGGAGGAAUUCGAUAAGGAAAAUAAUCCUGAUGGCUUUGGGGCUCCUAAAUACAGUUCUUCAAAUGAUUUGGAUGAAUGGAGUGUUCAAAAGCCGCAUCCAUAUUUGGAAGUUCUUGGAAAGUCGAUGGAAAGCGAAUUGAACUUUGAAGCACACUUAAGUGAUGAUGAUGAUGACGAGGAAGUGGUUGUGGAGAAAUACAGCACCGAGAAACCCACUGGAAACAAGGACAUCUCUGCUACAGCUCCUAUUUCUCCGGUGAA